AAUAACAAUCUCGCCAGAGAAGAAUUUCCAGAGGCAUCUGAGGCACCUGAUGCACCGUCGAGCUCUACUAAUGACAGGAAGAGAAGGAAACGGGAAGAUACGAGCUUUCAAUGCCCUCAAUGCCACCGAAUUUUUGGUCGCAUCGAGCAUCUAAGACGCCAUGCCAAUAGCCACGGUGAAACUCGAUCUUUCAAGUGUGCGGCAUGUAACAAAGGGUUCAAUCGACUGUAUGUCACUUUCUCUACGAGGCACGAAUUAAUACAUCANAAAGACCCUGGAGUCUCCAAGCUCAAAGGAGCAAGAGCUUGCAAAGAGUGUGCGAAUAGCAAGGUUCGCUGCAAUGGCACCAUGCCCUGCGAGAGGUGCAGCAUGAAAAACGUUGAUUGUGUUUAUCCAAGUGCCGUGAGUCCUGCCCAAGCCCUGGACUCUCCAUCAUCUGCUGUAUCAGACUAUGCCUCGACGCCUGGAACAUCUGAAAACGUUCAAUCCUCGGUACUCGAGUCUGUGGCAUUUCCUCGGCAACUGGAGCAGUCGUUACCAUAUAUCGGCCAUGAUGUGCCGUUUCCGGAACAACACAUCACCAACCUUACAGAGCCAUGGGGCUACAGUUCAAGUUCACAUCAAGGGAUAGCAUCUCAGCCUCCACUCCCCAUCCCAGGAUCGCUCCCAACAUAUGCUCAAGGUCUACUGUCACAUGAUAGUCACGCGCAACAAGCGGCUUUAUCUCCAUUUGAAGGAUCAUAUGCUGGCACCGAAGCCUCAUUCGAGAUACCAUACAGCUCCCCAUUUCCUAGAGAUCGUCAUGCAAGUCUGGAUCAAUUGUCUAGAAGACCUCGGCUAACGCCCAAUCUGAGGUCUAAGACUGCCAUCCUGGACUCUGGCGGUCUCGGUUCGCGGUUCACGUUUGUCAGCCACCAAGAGGAGCCAACCUUCGAUAGGCCAGAUGUCCGUGGAUCAUUUCAUAGAUCAUUUACUCCAGCGACCAGCUACUUGAGUCGCAGGCGUCGACUCAAUUUCCCGUUAUCUGGUGAUGUCCUACCAACCUUCCAGGACGAUAGCUAUACAAGCUUCAACAUGUUGUCUGGACAAACAUAUUCCAGUAUUCACAGAUCCUUUAUGGCUGUCUGUACAGGUCUGACGGCUUAUCAACCACCAUACGGAUCGAGUUGUUUUCCUUCAAGAAACACUUUAAACGCCCUUGUCAAGCUAUAUCUGGAUCGAUUUCAUCCUGUGAUGCCUAUACUUCAUCACCCGACAUUGGACCUCGACGGAAGUCAUUGGAUCCUUAGCUUGGCUGUUGUGACUAUUGGAAGUCACAUGUCGGAUUUUGAACAGUCUGAAGAAUAUGCUUUGUGUUUCGACGAGUUUUUGCGUCGAGCAAUCUCAGCUUUGGCAAAAUUACUGGCCUGCAUCAAUCAGAUAUAUAGCGGAGAGGAAAGCUGGCAAGAAUCUGCUUAUAACGAGUUUCUGACGGAUCUGGUUUCGUUCUGUCAGCUUGAAUGGAAGAUGUCAGAGAAAGGGUUCACAACAUUUGCUCCCGAGGGCCAAGAAGCCGAGUUCUGGCAGCGAUGGGUCCAGCUCGAGUCUUGUCGACGUACUGGAUAUGCGAUAUGGGUGCAACCAAGACUUACACUGGAAGAUGGAAGAAUGCCUCUUCCAUGCCAAGAGGUACUCUGGGAAGCGAAGACGGCCCUGCAAUGGCACCACAUCUUCCAGUUCUCGCCUUCGAAUCUGACACUCUUGUCAUCCUUGCAAUCCUUACAAAACGAGAAGGCUUUACAAAACGCAAUGGGUGAGUUCAGUCGUAUAAUCCUGCUUCAUGGUUUCUACCAUCAAUGUUGGGAGAUGGAAAAGGCCGAGGUACAAUCUCAACCACGACCCCACCAGACAUCCAUGUACGCGCUCUGGAGGGACUCGGUCUCAGAAUCACUUGAAGUGCUCGAGUGGAGUGCCAACAAUGUCGUUAACGCCGCGUCUGGCAUGGAGCAUCCCACUUUACUACACCUCCAUCUUGCGAGGAUCGUGCUGUUUGCACCGUUCCAAAGCAUCUGUGAUCUGGCAUAUGGAAUGACGAAAGAAGACAGCAGCAUCAGCUCAGCACAAAUGACAAAUCUACGCACGGCAAUACGCAAAUGGGUCGUCGAGGACGCAAGCAGAGCUCGACUGGCAGCAUUGCACGCAGGAGCAUUGUUGCGACAUUUACACGCCUUCCACACCAACAGCUUCUAUGAGCCGUCUGCGGUUUUACUCGCCACAUUGACUCUCUGGGCAUUUGGGUCUUUUGCAACAAUAGCAACCAACGCUGGACCAACGACACAACGACGAUAUUCAGACACACAGAUACACCCCAUCAGCAUCGCCAUAGAUCAGCCGCUUGACCCUGAGCUGGCGCGAUCAUUCGUCAACAACGGUAGAGAUAUGGUACCGAUGCUUCGAGGCGUGGGGAGCAUUCGCGGUGCCGGGGCUCCUGAAUGUGUUCUGUUGGAAGGGUCGAAGCUGGUAUCAGAGAUAGGUAGAUGGGGCAGCGGACGCAGAGUCACGCGGAUCUUGAACAACCUCUCAUUAUGUCGCAGAAUAUAG